AUGCUACGCUUAACGCUAACGGGAAUUCCGCUGUGUUACACUACACUAACCACUACGGGGAUUGAAGGACCUAGGUGUAACCGAGGACGUCCGUGCGAGCGAUGCACCUCGCUUGGGAUCACCGGAAAUUGCGUUUACGAGACAGAGGAUCCAAGUGUGAUCAAAAAGAUUGACCUCAAAGACCCCGCAUGCGAGAUUGCCCGUCUGCGGGAUCGUAUUGCUGAACUCGAAGGGGUCGUUCGGAUCCUCAAGGGAAGGCCGCAUCCCAAACAACAACGUCAUCCGAAUGGUUCGAUCGGAGCUCAAUCCAGUCUGACGAGCCCAACCCUAGGCCCAUCAAGUCCAAACUUUGCUCGCUCACAUUCUCAAUCUCUUGGUGCCUGGAGCAUGCAAGAGGAUGGUAAUCAUCCAAUGUUAGAUAUCUUUCAAUCCUCUCGGAAUGGGGAGAGUGAUAGCUCUGAGCCCGUCUCACCUUCUUUUAGUGGCUUAAACUAUAACCAUUCUCGCCCAACGAGAAGUUCGAGCUUCAAAGCCGAUCUUGGUUCUCGGGUCGAAGAUCUGAGAGAAACUCAACGUCUCGAAAAUACACCAUAUCUCCGCCAAUCAAGUUGUCCACCUGGAAUGAAAUGCUAUGGAGAAGAUCAGAACGUGAUCGAGGAUGAUGAAGAUGGUCGGAAAAUGUUUUUAGGACACGUAGCAGGUGGAUCAUUACUCCGAAAGUUGCAAGGUUUGACUUCUCCAGAACUCAAACCGCACACCUUGGACUCUGACACCAGCCCCCCACGAAACGAAAUGAUCACUGCAAAGGUUGCCUACAUGGGUCUUUUUGGUGGUAAAAUUGGAAAGCGGUGGGCUUUUGAAACACCCGGAUCGGUCACCAGUAGUUCAGAUAUGAGAAAUGUGUUAUUGGAUGCUUUGCCUUCCCCAGCGUGUGCUCAGCAGCUUCUGGAAGCAUUUCUGCAGGACGUGGAUUGUUUUUAUCACGCAUGGCAUACUCCAACAAUCAUCGAUUUGUAUCAAGGAUUUUUCUCAUCAUCCAGGUCGGAACAGGAGCGACUACCUUUCAGCCAAUUGAGUGUCAUCCUUAGCAUACUCACCGCUACAUCUGACCUUGCAAGUCACAUCCUAGAUGCCCCUCCGAUGAUGGUCGGAGAGGCUAAAGAAGACUAUCAGAAAAGGUUGAAAGCAUGGCGUUUUUCAUUUUCUAACAAGUUAGCCUCUUGCACGGUCCACUCUCUCAAACUAGCGUCUUAUUUAGGACAUCCGUCGAUUGAGUGUAUUCAAGCCCAAUUAUUGCUCGUACUUUAUAUGGUCAACAAUGAUCGUUGCACUGAUGCGUGGUGUUUUAUUGGUGGAGUCAUUAAACAGGCCCAAUGUUUGGGCUUGCACAUAGACCCAUCAAGUCUCAAUCCGCACAUGCCUGUCCUUGAGCAGGAAUUGCGUCGCCGGGUUUGGUGGUCAGUCCAGACGUGGGAUGUAUUUCUAGGCAUUGCAUUUGGAUGGCCAGCCGGCGUCACUCUGAGUGAUUCCGAUCUCCCCUCGGAUCGAACGGAAGAAAGUUUAAUGGGACAAGCGCUAGCCACCACUCCCAUCUUACCCCCACAAGGCGUGACGGAGCUAACGUACCAUGUCUUCAACUGGGAGACGUGUCUAUACGCUCGUGAUAUGAUGGAUAGAAUAUUUGGACAAGCAGUUUGGGGCUGGGGAAAAUCAACAGAACCUCAAAAUGGGCCAAAGUACGAAGAGGUCGUCAAGUUGGAUACUACUAUCAAGACUUGGUAUCACCGUGUGCCAGUUGCGAUGAGAUUUGAGCCAGACCCAAUUGAGGAGUAUCCAGCCAAACAAAGUGGCUCCUUUCAGACGCAUAGUAAAGUUUUUAAACCCUCGUCCACCGGUGUAGGCAUCGAGGAUCUCCGGCGGCGCGAGCCGAUGCUGGCCAAACAAGCGCUGUUGUUGUCAAUCUCACAAAAUACGAUCCUCCUCUUACUACAUCGCCCGUUCCUCAGUCUCUCGCUGGAAAAUUCUACCGGGGCCACUGGACACCAAAUGUCGGAGGAGCAGUGCGUCAGGUCAUCUCAAGUGAUCAUUGAAGCCCAACGGUUACUGGUAGAGCUUUUCCCGGCAACUCGAAGGAUGUGGUACGGUUGGUACCUAACGUUUCAUGCUGCAAUGACCUGCGCUUGGAUAUCGCUUCUCCGUACACCAACCCAUCCGAUGUCUGGACUAUCACGAAAAUGUAUCACCUUGGGGAUCGAAACUUUUGAGCUAGCUAUCAAAACGCCCGAGAGCUUACCGGAAAACUACCUUCGUGCUUGCUCUCAGUUACGCGCGAUCCGAAAUUACAGCAAUCGUAAAUUGAAUCCGCCUAAAGCAAUCACCUAUUCUAACCACGUCUUUGGCGCUACAGGAUCUAUACCUUCCUUUGCGUAUAGCCUUGCCCCUCGUACGAUGACCACACUUGCUAGAAACAUCGACAAAUAUCCAAACUUCGCCGAGCCUUCCUCGCGACUGGACCUGGGCAACGAGCAAGAUAUGGUUCUUUUUGAAGACCCGACAAUCUCUUCGCAAUCGUUGACAUCCAACCCAUCGUCUUACCCUAAAGAAUCCUCCUCCCACCAUGGUUCACUAUCCAAUUCUGAUGACAGAGGAAGCUGUUUAGACGAACCAGGCUCAGAUCCUCAACUCCACGCCCAAGUUCACCAUCCACCACUGCGGUUUGACUCAAACAACCAGCAUAACUUUUCACAAUUCCCACGAUCGGACGAGGUUGGAAGUCAGGACCAUAAUAAUGAUUUUUCCGUUAGCUCUGAUCCUUUGAACCGAUCUUCGCAUUCCUCAACAAAGCCUCGUUCACCUCUAACUCAUCCGGGAUCCAUGCACCCUCUCGAUUCAUAUUCCAACAUUGGUCACUUGACCCAGCCACAACUCCCAUCAAUCCAUGGAUUCCUCUCGCCCGCCUCCGGUUCUGGGAUGGGCUUUUGUGCGGGAACCGCCUCGACUACGGCACCACCACUUUAUGCGGCGCAAUACGCAAUGAACUCUCUGCAAUACCAGGAUGUCAACGUGAAUAUGAACGUUCCACUCUCGAUGUUGGUCAUGCAUCAUGUCAACUCGGCAGACGAACAUGGAAAUGAAUCUCAUCAGGCCAGCGAGCAUUAUUCGUAUGACUCGGUCGGACAGAUCCGGGACGAAAACCCGACCAACAACUUACUGUUUGGUAAUUAUCUUCGGGAGAAUUGACUGACUCUCCGCACACACCAUCCGGCUAUCCCUUGCCUUCACCUUUUUAUCAUCUCGUUUUCACCCUUUUUAUCCGGAUGCAGCAUUGGCGAUGUUCUUGUCACUUUAUUAGCUUAUCAUUAUUGUCAUUUUAUUUUUUUCAAUUCCGCGGGAAAAAAACACAAUCAAAGUACUUUAUACAAAUAUAGCGACUUAGAUGGCCAUUUUCAAUAUUGGUUCUUCACCUGUCUUUCCCAAUCAUUAAGUGGAUUCAUAUUCACAUCUAUGUAAUACGUCCCAACAUCGAUCGAUCAUUUUUAUACUCUUGUUCCUUUUCUGUCUUUACACUGGAUUUUUUUUCUUUUGCUUCUUCAUCUCCAAACGUUCCUUUUUUUGCUCGGUCUUAUUUCUAUACUAUGACAUACAAUAGAUUCAUAUUUUUGCUUUAUUUGUCUUUCCAUCUUUAAUUAUUUGUUUUUUUAUCCAUUGUUUCUUUUACAUAAAUAUUAUGAUGAUUAUUUAUAUAGAUAUCUGUACGGCCUUGAUUUGUUUUAUUUUUACCCAAUUGUCUUUUUUGUCUUUCUUUUUUUGUUCUUAUUGGUUGGAAUGGGAAAAGAAAAGGAAACGGAAUGAUGAUGUUUGCUAUUUGUAUGUAUGUAUGUAUAAUCCCAGACAGAACACACUUGUUCAUUAAAGCUUUUUUUUUGAAUAUUUAUUUAUAGAUCUGUUGAACUACGACUUUGUUGAUUUUAUUUCUACAUAUGGAUAAUGGAUACUAUUUGUUUUCGCCUGGAAA